AUGGCUGACGACAAUAGUUUGGAUGAUUUCUUCGCCAAAAAGGACAAGAGUAAAAAGAAAUCUAAGUCCAAAAUGACUACCACAACAAGUGAAUUAUUGUCACAAAUGGAAGAAAAUCAUGCAAAGAAGCAACGUCAAAAGAGAGAAAAGGAGACAGAAAAGCAGGCUGGAUUAUCAGAUAGAUUAUCAGAUGACUUAAAAGGCACGAAACAAAAGGAAAGUGAAGACUGGCAGGAUUUUGAGGAUGAACAGGAAAAAGAUUAUUCUGGUUUGCGUAUUCAAACUUUACAGAUAGGUAAAGAGGGAAAUGAAGAGCAAGAUGAAGAAGAAGAGGAAGAAAAAGAAGAAGUGGAAAGUGAAAGUAAAACAACCAGAGAUUUAAGUCAAGGUCCAUGGAAACAAUCAACUCCUGCUCCGGCCCCUGUUCAAGAACCAGAAAAACCAAAAGAUGAAACUCCCAAAACAACAGGGAAAUAUAUACCUCCUAGUUUGAGGGGAGGGCCAUCUAGUAGUGCUGCCAGUACACCUUCUAGAAGACCCAUGGGUAAAAAAUCUGCUCCAAAUAUAACCAGUGAAAUGGACUUUCCUUCUUUAGGAGGGAAUAAGGCACCUGUAGUACAAAAUAACAGUGAAUCUAUAGAAAACCCAAAUCAAAGAGGGAAAUUAAAUCUAACAUUAGGAAAUAAAUUCUCAGCUUUACAAAACUGA